AAUAAUGCAUUCUGUAUUGUUGUACAUAUUCAUCAGGUGCAAUGGAAUGUUAAUAUAUACUUGCAAUUACUAUUGUCAAAUAAUGCACACAUUAAAAUUAGUAAUGAUAGGACCAACUGAGAGCGGAAAGACCACAAUAGCGAAUUUCCUGGCAGAGGCUACGGAAAUUCCGUAUGAUUAUCGUCCAACUCAAGGUAUCCGAAUAUUAGAAUUUGAAAUUAACGAUAUUGAAGUGAAUAACGAACGCAUUUCGAGAGAUCUCGAGCUGUGGGACUGCAGUGGAAAUCACAAAUUUAAAAAUUGCUGGUCAGCUAUACGUAAAGAUGUAGACGGCGUAAUCUUGGUAUACAAUGCAAAAAUGCAAGAUUCUUCAAGAAAAUUGAAAGAAUAUUACGAUUAUUUUGUUAGCGGAGCUAAAUUAGAGCCAAAUUGUUGUGUAAUAUUCUUUUUUGAUCCUGAUAAUACUACAUCAAGCGUGUCGAAAAUUAUUUCAUCUAGUUUUUCUAAUGUCUCUCAUGUCAAGUGCAAUGUGGAUGAUGGUGGUGACAAAUUAAAGGCUGAUUUUCGAUUAUUUCUAAGUGCCCUAAUAAUAAAGCUGCAUGAAGAUAAAGAAGAAAAACUGAUAAUGAGUGACAAUAUAUUAUUUGCUAAAUAA